CAUUAUGAAACUAAACAACCGCUAGUGGGCGGUUACGUUUUUAAUAAUGAUUAUCCCAGUCGACUGUAUAAGAAUUUGGGAAAUUGUGUUCGUUAUUGAAAAUCCCACACUUUUAAGAGGCGGAGUCAAUGGGAUCUAUAACCAAGAUGGCCGCCCUCACGGAUCGGAUGGCGCCCGUCCUGCUGGUCUGGCUCGCCAUGUGUCUCCCUGGGACCCUGGCUGUGGACCGAGGCAACUUCAAAACCUGUGACCAGAGUGCCUUCUGCAAGCGUCACCGAGCGUUGAAGUCCGGCGAGUCUCCCUAUCGAGCCCUGCUGGAGACCAUGGAGCUAACCAACACAAGACUCACCCUGCAGCUCAAGAAUGACAAGAACAAGGUGCGCCUCCUGCUGGAGCUCUAUCGCCUGCAGGGAAACAUAACCAGGGUGAAGAUUAACGAGCUGAAGCCGCUUAAGCCUCGCUUCGAGGUCCCAGAUGUGCUGGUCAGAGAGCCGCCUACAGAGCCCCUCUCUCUCUUGUCCCAAGAUGAGCACGGAGUGGUUCUUUCCCUGGGGGCGGAGUCUCAAAGGGUCAUUGUCAGUGCCCGGCCCUUCCGAUUGGACAUCAUGGAGGGACGUGACGUUCUCAUGUCCCUAAACUCGCGAGGCCUCCUGGCCUUUGAGCACUUGCGGAUACGGAAGGACACUUUCGCCUAUUUUAUAACUGGCACAUUUGCUAGUGUGUGGAAUAUUGUCCAGGGUGUAUUCUCUAGCCAGGCAGAUGGAGAGGCUGAGGAUGCAAACGAGGAAGAGGCUGUGGAGUACGAGAAGGACGAAGAGGGCAUGUGGGAAGAAAUGUUUAAAUCCUUUUCAGACAGCAAACCUAAUGGGCCAUCGGCUGUGGGCUUAGACUUGUCAUUGCCAGGGGUAGAGCAUGUCUACGGCAUUCCGGAGCACGCAGACUCCCUGAGACUCAAAACCACAGAAAAUGGAGAUCCGUAUCGGCUGUACAACUUGGACGUGUUCCAGUAUGAGCUGCAUAAUCCCAUGGCACUUUAUGGCUCCGUGCCGGUGAUGUUGGCCCACAACGCCCAGCGGACCACAGGCAUCUUUUGGCUCAACGCUGCAGAGACUUGGGUUGACAUUAGCUCCAACACAGCGGGGAAGACCGUCUUUGGGAAAAUGCUGGAUUAUGUGCAAGGCUCGAGUGAGACACCACAGACAGAUGUGCAUUGGAUCUCUGAAAGCGGCAUCAUUGAUGUCUUCAUUAUGCUCGGCCCCACACCCAAAGAUGUGUUUGCACAGUACGCCUCCCUGACAGGCACCCAGGCAUUCCCCCCUCUGCCUGCUCUGGCCUACCACCAGUGUCGCUGGAACUACAACGACCAGGACGACGUGCAGGCAGUGGAUGCGGGCUUUGACGAGCACGACAUUCCCUACGACUUCAUCUGGCUGGAUAUAGAGCACACGGAUGGCAAACGCUACUUUACCUGGGACGCUAACAAGUUUGCCACGCCGAAGGAGAUGCUUCAGGGUCUCCUGGAUAAGAAGCGCAAGAUGGUGGCCAUUGUGGACCCCCACAUCAAAGUGGACAGCAACUACAAGGUCCACAGUGAAAUCCAGUCUCGAGGCUUCUACACCAAGAAAAAGGAAGGCGGCGACUAUGAAGGCUGGUGUUGGCCUGGUAAUGUGGGCUAUCCAGACUUUGCACGAGAAGACAUGAGGGCUUGGUGGGCCAGCAUGUUUGCCUACGACCAGUAUGAGGGCUCCAUGGAGAACCUGUACACGUGGAACGACAUGAACGAGCCUUCGGUGUUCAACGGGCCCGAGGUGACCAUGCACAAGGAUGCAAAGCACGGAGACUGGGAACAUCGGGACCUGCACAACAUUUAUGGCUUCUAUGUGCAAAUGGCCACAUCCGAGGGUCUGAUCCAGAGAUCGGGAGGGGUGCAAAGACCUUUCGUCUUGAGCAGGGCCUUCUUUGCUGGCUCCCAGCGCUACGGGGCUGUGUGGACAGGCGACAAUGCCGCUGAGUGGGGCCACCUAAAGAUCUCCAUCCCCAUGUGCCUGAGUCUGGGCCUGGUGGGAAUAUCUUUCUGUGGUGCUGACGUCGGGGGCUUCUUCAAGUCUCCGAGUUCAGAGCUGCUGGUGCGAUGGUACCAGACGGGGGCCUACCAGCCCUUCUUCAGGGCCCACGCCCACCUGGACACUCCCCGCCGCGAGCCCUGGCUCUUCGGCCCAGAGAACACGGCACUGAUCCGUGAAGCCGUGCGCCAACGCUACACCCUCCUGCCGUACUGGUACCAGCAGUUCUACCAGGCCUACCGCACUGGACUUCCUGUCAUGAGGCCGCUGUGGGUGGAGUAUCCUCAGGAUCCUGCUACUUACGCUCUGGAGGAUCAAUAUCUGAUCGGGGGAGACUUGUUGGUGCACCCCGUCACUGAGGAGGGGGCCACUGGGGUCACUGCCUAUCUGCCUGGGAAAGACGAGGUCUGGUUUGAUGUCCACACCUUCCAGAGACACAAUGGUGCCCAGAACCUCUACAUUCCUGUGACCAUGAGCUCUAUCCCAGUUUUCCAGCGCGGCGGCUCCAUUAUUCCCAGAAAGCUUCGAGUGCGCAGGUCUUCCACCUGCAUGGAGCAUGACCCUUACACUUUGUACGUGGCCCUCAACCGACAGAGGGCUGCAGAAGGAGAGCUGUACGUUGAUGAUGGACACACCUUCAGCUUUGAGGAGAAGAAGGAGUUCAUUCACAGGAGGCUGUCCUUCGCCAACAACAUCCUCUCCUCUGUGAACCUUGCUCCAGAUGCCCACUUCUCCACCCGCUCCUUUAUUGAGCGCAUCCUCAUAUUGGGCACCAGCAAGCCCACCAAGGCCACGCUGAAGACAGCCGAUGGUCGGACGAGCCAGCUUGACUUUGACUUCAACGCCACCACGUCAGUCUUGACCCUCCGCAAGCCUGGCAUGAACGCCGGAAGCGACUGGACCGUGGCGCUGCAGUGAGCGUGGGGCCUGCGGUGGCGGGGCAGGAGGACAAAGUGACUGAAGAGAAAUAAGCAACACUGUGGAAACCUGAGAACAUGAAUGCAACACAUCCAAGCACACACUGUUAAGUGAGGUCGGCAUCUCUCCACUGCCCGUGCCCUUGGUCUCAUUCCCAGGCUGGCCGCUCUGGUACUUCCCAUCAUGGAAAUAGUCGGCUUGCCGGAGGUCAGAGGAUCAUUCUGCUGUGCUGCUCCUAACCAUUUCACUUAACAUCUGCCAUUUUACAGAUGAUGUCACACGUCAGGGAAUAAUUGUUCAUGUCACUCAGUCGCUGCACACAAACCUGCUCUUCUUUGGGAAUGCUUUUGGCUCCAGAAGCACUGACCCGAGUGGCCAGCUCUUUUAUCCAUUUCAUUUUUACGCUGCUUUUGAAUGCACCUGGAGAGGUGACUACCUUACUCGUUGUUUAGAUGUUACCAUAUCUUCAAUCCCCACAUUUCCAGAUUGCUCUGGCUUCCCAGCACAGAGUGGCUCAGACAGGCAUACAUACCCAUUUUUGUCUUCUGGAUGAUGUCCAUCACCCGGAGAUGGAGUUUUGUCCAAUUGGCUCAACUUUUUGUAUUGCUAGUUUUUAGGAUCAUACAUGUUGCUGCCAUGUUUUUGGGUUCAGCUCAGUCCAGUGGAAAUAGAAGCGAAGGAGCCAAUUAGUUGUACUUUAAAUGAUGUGACCAAGUGAAAAUAAAGAUGACCAAA